UCUCCACAUACGGAGUUAGUGCAAUCGACCAUCCACCGUUCCUUUAUUGUACCAUGAUCUAUUCAAUAAACCAUGACAUCCGAUCUUACUAAAUAAAGUAUUUAGUUGAUGAUUUUUUUCGAUUUUCUGACUCCAUAUAAGAGACGUCCUAGCUUGUCUGAUGGUCCCAAAUGUCCACACCCAACAUCGUCAAAGAGCCCGUGCAGCGGGCUCUGGGAGAGUCAGUUGCGCGACAAGAUGCGACGGCCGUGGGGCAAGGAAUGCCCCUCAAGUCAAAUAAACCAAACCUGGCAGCUCGGGAUAGUCGGCCUCAAUCUCGUGAACCACAUCGCAAGUCUCAUCCUGCGGAUGAUACUGAAUCGGAAUCAUUCGAACACAGAAACUGGGCAGGCGAAAGUCCAAAGCAUAAUCAUAACGCAUUAGAGCUACGCGGGGCUUCUGGCAACACUCGCCCAAAUAAGCUAGGAAACAGCGGGAAAAAAGGAGGUAUUCAUUGGGCACCCUUGAACAUUGGACUCGAACGACGCCUGCAGACCUUUGUGGUACUAUGCCAUACUCUCACCAUUGCCAUAUUCCUGACUUGCUUCUUUUUCACGUGCGCAAUACCGUUAUUCUGGCCGAUAUUGAUUCCUUACCUUGUUUAUAUAUCGCUUUUCUCUGCGACAGCCACAUCGGGAACGCUAAGCCGCCGGAGCGAGUUCUUGCGUUCUCUUCGAGCCUGGUCGAUAUAUGUGUCCUACUUUCCCGCCCGGCUGCAUCGCUCAGAGCCGCUUCUUCCGACACGCAAGUACAUCUUUGGCUAUCAUCCACAUGGCAUCAUCUCUCAUGGCGCGUUCGCGGCAUUUGCAACGGAGGCACUCGGAUUUUCCAGACUUUUCCCGGGUAUUACCAACACUUUGCUGACCCUUGAUUCCAAUUUCCGAAUUCCAUUUUACAGAGAAUAUGCUCUCGCCAUGGGACUUGCAAGCGUUUCCCGCGAAUCUUGCGAGAACUUACUUACCAAGGGGGGAGCUGAUGGUGAAGGCAUGGGACGCGCCAUUACCAUCGUGAUUGGUGGUGCUCGGGAGUCUCUUGACGCCCUGCCACAUUCUAUACGGCUGGUCUUGAAACGGCGCAAAGGUUUUAUCAAGCUAGCGAUCCGCACCGGUGCUGACUUGGUACCCGUUCUUGCAUUUGGUGAGAAUGAUCUUUAUGAGCAAGUACGCUCUGAUCAUCAUCCUCUCAUACACAAAUUCCAAAUGCUCAUAAAGCAUACCAUGGGCUUCACUAUCCCGCUUUUUCAUGCCCGCGGUGUUUUCAACUAUGAUGUAGGGUUGAUGCCGUACCGUCGCCCAUUGAACAUCGUCGUCGGUCGUCCGAUCCAGGUUAUCCAACAACAUGAUCGGGAUGAAAUCGACGAUAACUAUGUCAAUGAACUUCACACUCGAUACGUCUCCGAACUCCAUCGGUUGUGGGACCAAUGGAAAGACACUUUUGCAAAGGACCGGGUUUCAGAAUUAGAAAUCAUUUCGUGAGGGGACCACAGGACUGAACCAGUUCCCCCCCUGUUUUGUUGUUUUUAUGUUUUGCCAAAGGCGUUUUGUGCAUAUCACCAGUGCAUAGUGUGAGUCUAGUCUAUUGAGUUACUCAAGACCCAAUAUAGUCAUACACGAUAUACAAAUAAACAGUAUAAGCAUUAUUAUCAUUAUAACAAAUAAGACAUGCACAAUCAC